AUGGCUUUCCUCCACUACAAGAAGGUCAGUAGUGUGUUAAUAAAGUGUCAAAGUCUAACAUCAUACAGUCUCAUACAUCAGUUUUCUCUCUUUCCUCCAGGGACAGACCCUCAACUUUACGUCACCAUUGUGAUCUCUGUGCUUAUUGUGUUGGUGGCUACUGGCAUAAUCAUCAAAUUCUGCUGUGAGCGCAGACAGAAACGUAGGCGCAACCGCAAUGAGCGCUGUGCUUUACCGGAAGAAGGAAGCCUGCAGCCCCUGACCGACUUGUCACCCGACUCUGACAUCCCUGGGCUCCAUCCAUUAAAACUUGGUGACUUCAACAAAAGUGGCCUGGAUGAAAGAAGUGUUCCCUGCAGAACAAGCAAG